AUGCUCAAAAAUGAAUUGAGGAGUUUACAAUUAAAAAUUAAUGAUAUUAAAGAUGAUGAUAUGAAGCAAAUAAUUCAAUUCAAGCAGCAAGAGUGUUUUGAAUUUAAAUACGAUAGGGACCAAGUUUUUCUUCUUGAUAAAUCACAUUUUCAUUUUGACAAUCUUCCAUUCCCAGAUUGUAAACAAUUAAGAGAAAAGAUCAAUUCCCAAAAUUUGACAGAAGAAGAGAAUCAAUUAGUUACAAAGCUUCAAGAUAAAGUUAUGCCAGGACUUAAUGAUCCAAAUAAAAGGUGCAAAAAUUGUGGUGCUGUUCACUAUAACACAACCGUUGAAGAAAAAUGCUGCAACAAUAUUCCAAAUAUCAAGGCUCAUUUUAUUUCACCAGGUAUUCCUCAAGAAUUUAUUCAAAAAGUGGAACAGACCAUUAAGAAAUUAAAAAAUGAUAACAUUUCCCGCAUCAUUAACUGGAUGGCCAGGCCCCUAAUGCAUCAAGCUUCUAUCAAUAAUCCAAAUGCACAAGCAUCAACCUCUUUUAUGAAUGGUGUCGCAUAUAUUGUUGAUUCAGAAGCAACAUUCCUUUUACCAGCUUAUUUAAUUGCAAAUGGAUUUGACAAAAGAGGAUAUUCAUUUUACAAUUUGAGUCAAGAAGAAACGGUCAUUUUGCAUGAAAUUGUUGAAGAACUAUUACAAAUGAAUCCAAAGAUAAAAGAAUUCAUUUCUUCCAGAUCAGAAAUCAUUAAGUCAAAGACACAAGAUUAUUUGGGGUUGUGCCAUGUGAGGUGA